UCCUCCCGCGAGCAUGUGUGCGUUCGCGCGGUUCACAUUUCGGCUGAGGCGCGCGCCCUGGAAAAUUCCACUCGCCUGCUGGCUCCGCCCUGUGAGUCUUCUCACGCUCUGCUCCCGUCCCGGCAGCCUUUUCGUCAACAAAAUGGCAACUCCCGUGACGCGGGGCUUGACUUGCUUAACGAGGGCUUUGGGAUGGUGGUCGCGACAGCCCAUCCUGGUGACUCAGUCCACCGCUGUGCUUCCAGUAAGAACUAAAAAACGUUUCAGACCUCCUCCUCCUAAGGAAUCCAAGUACCAAACGCAAAAGGAAUUUCUAGAACAUGCCCGGAAAGCAGGGUUGGUUAUUCCUCCAGAACGUUUGGAGCGUCCCAUCCAUCUGGCCUGUACAGCUGGUAUCUUUGACGCCUAUGUUCCUCCUGAGGGUGAUGGACGCUCCUCGUCUCUUUCAAAAGAAGGUCUGAAGCAGAGAACAGAGCGGCUGAAAAAGAAUGUGACAUCGCAAUUGUCGGUCCGGAAGAUUAAAGAAUAUGAUACUAGUUUUAAGAUAAAGGACUUCCCUGAAAAAGCUAAGGAUAUCUUUAUUGAAGCUCACCUUUGUUUAAACAACUCCGACCAUGACCGGCUCCACACCUUGGUCACCGAGCACUGCUUCCCGGACAUGGUCUGGGAUCUCAGAUACAAGACCGUCCGCUGGAACUUUGUGGAGUCUUUGGAACCAGCCCAGGUGACUCAGGUCCGCUGCUCCAGUCUGGUGACCCAGGGUAACAUGUAUGGCCAGGUCACCGUGCGCAUGCACUCACGGCAGACUCUAGCUAUUUAUGAUCGGUUUGGCCGCUUGAUGUAUGGGCAGGAAGACGUGCCCAAGGAUGUUCUGGAGUAUGUGGUGUUUGAAAGACAACUGUCCAACCCCUAUGGGAGCUGGAGGAUGCAUGCCAAGAUUGUUCCCCCAUGGGCACCCCCAAAGCAGCCCAUCCUUAAGACACUGAUGAUUCCCAGUCCCCAGCUGCAGCUGUGGGAGAACUGUGAAGGGGCCCCUGCAGAGGCCCCUGGCCCGAAGCCCACCUGAUGGAACAGUGAAGCGCAGGUGGGAGGCUGCUGAGGUCACCCCUGUCUCCCUCCCUCAAGAGUCUGCUGCCCCAGACUUGUCAUCAAGCCACAGCUCAGGUGGGCUCUAUGGUGGCUGAUGUGCACAGUGGUGGUCCCUCUCUGUUGUUUUGUUUUGGUUUAGUUUUUGUUUUUUGAGACAGGGCCUCACUAUGCAGUUCAGGCUGGUCUUGAGCUCAGUUUGUAGCCCAGGCUGGUCUUGAACUUGAAACAGUCCUCCUGCCUCAGUCUCCCGAGUGCAGGGAUUACAGGAGUGUGCUGCCCCUUUUCUUUUUUUCUUUAUUUUUUUGUCUUUUUUGGGACAGGGUUUCCCUAUAUAGUUCAGGCUGGCCUUAAAUUCACUUUGUAGCCCAGACUGGCCUUGAACUUGGAGUAAUCUUCCUUCCUGUGCAUCGUGGGUGCUGGGAUUACAGGCGUGUGCCAACAUACUUGAGAUUUGCUCUGUCUUUUAAAAGCCCAUGUCCAGCAAACACCUGCUGGCAAGUGUGAGGUUGUGAGUUUGAUUCCUCCUUACCAAAAAUAAAAACAAAGCAAAACAAAUAAACAAACAAAAAAAAAAAACAUCAAAAAAACAGAUAAAA